CACGUUUCACCUCAGGAUAACAACUCCCUCAUUAGAAAAGAAGGCACUUAGCCCAAAGGACUUCUGAUGGGGCAGCUUGCGUCUAAACGUAAUGUGUUGGCCCGAGGUGUGCAUUUCUCCACCAAUGAGGAGGGACCUCCGAGGUACUCUCCACACCAUUUUGAUGGCAGCACCGUACGUCGAGGACAGGGCCUUCGAAUUCCCCCGACCAUCGUCGUCUCCGAUGAGGAAUCAAGUACAUCAGAACGCCGCGGCUCCAGGGCGGAGCUGCGCAGGUCCUCCGUUUACAGCACCAUGGACCUGGUACCCCAGUUGGAGCAUUAUGCCAACUCGUUGCCACGUCAGACGAUGAGGAGCAGGCCGUCUCUUGAAACCCUCCGCAAGACAUUUGAGGUUGUGGAGAUUGGGAUGGAUGGAGCAUCCACCUCUGACUCCGGCAGCCUGCCGGUACCAGAUAUGGGGAAUGAAGAGUCUCAAGAUCCACAGGAGAAAGCUCCAGUUAGAUUUGGCUGGAUAGUCGGGGUCAUGGUCCGUUGCAUGCUGAAUAUUUGGGGGGUCAUCCUGUUCCUCCGUCUGUCAUGGAUCACCUCCCAGGCAGGCAUUGUGUUGACUUGUGUGAUAAUCCUCAUGUCUGUUGUGGUGACCAAUGUGACUGCGCUAUCAAUCUCUGCUAUUGCCACCAAUGGGAGGGUGGUCUCAGGAGGUGCAUAUUUCAUGAUCUCCCGUACCUUGGGUCCUGAAAUCGGAGGACCCAUUGGGAUGGUUUUCUCCUUUGCAAAUGCUCUGGCCUGCGCGCUCAACACUGUGGGCUUUGCAGAGGUGGUGCGUGACUUGAUGCAGGAAUUUGGUGCCGUGAUGGUGGAUCCAGUCAACGAUGUUCGUAUUGUGGGUGUGAUCACAGUCACGGUUCUUCUCCUUAUUUCACUGGCUGGAAUGGAGUGGGAGUCCAAGGCCCAGAUUUUGUUCUUCUUAGUUCUUUUGGUUUCCUUUGCAAACUACUUUGUGGGCACAGUGAUCCCUCCAGGCAUUGAGAAACAGGCUGUUGGUGUCUUUGGAUACAGAGGUGAUAUUUUUGUUGAGAACCUCACACCAGACUGGCGAGGUCCUCAGGGCAGUUUUUUCCAGAUGUUUGCCAUUUUCUUUCCUGCUGCCAUUGGCAUUUUGUCUGGAGCCAACAUCUCUGGAGAUCUAAAGGACCCUGCUACAGCUAUCCCAAAGGGUACUCUCAUGGCUAUUUUCUGGACAACAAUCAGUUACCUUGGGAUAGCAGUGACUGUUGGGGCAUGUGUGGUGCGGGAUGCCUCUGGGAAUAAAAGUCACAUCCUGACCGGAAACAACACGGAUGGCUGUGUGGGACUGUCAUGCAGUUUGGGUUGGAACUUCACAGACUGUAUCCAGUCUCAGUCCUGUGAAUAUGGUCUUGCCAACAGUGUCAAGGUACUUGGGCAAGUCUCUGGUUUCUAUUACCUCAUCACUGCCGGCGUCUUUGCAGCCAGUUUAUCAUCUGCCCUGGGGUUUCUGGUCUCUGCACCAAAAGUCUUUCAGUGUCUGUGCAAGGACAAAAUAUACCCCUACAUCAUAUUCUUUGCCAAAGGUUAUGGGAAAAACGACGAGCCGCUUCGAGCUUAUAUUCUGUGCUACCUUAUAGCUAUAGCCUUCAUUCUUAUUGCGGAGCUCAAUACCAUUGCAGCUCUCAUCUCCAAUUUCUUCCUAUGUUCCUACUGCCUUAUAAACUUCAGUUGUUUUCAUGCAUCCAUCACAAAUUCCCCUGGCUGGAGGCCAUCAUUUCACUACUACAGCAAAUGGACCGCUCUGUUUGGAGCUGUGAUAUCUGUAGUCCUCAUGUUCCUCUUUACCUGGUGGGCUGCUCUCGUCACCUUUUGCAUCAUCUUCUUCCUUUUUGGAUACGUCAACUACAACAAACCCAAGAUAAACUGGGGUUCAUCAGUCCAGGCAGGCACAUACAACAUGGCCUUAUCGUACUCUGUCUCCCUGACUGGAGUGGAGGAUCAUGUGAAAAAUUUCAGACCACAGUGUCUGGUACUGACUGGGCCCCCAAACCAGCGACCUGCACUGGUGGACUUUGUUGGCUCCUUCACUAAGCACAUAAGCCUCAUGAUCUGUGGAGAUAUUGUAAUGGAGCAGGACAGGAAGACGCGACCUCAGGAUGCUACAGACAGCUUGGUUAAGUGGAUGAACAAGAGGAAGGUGCGGUCAUUCUACACUCCACUAUCUGCUGACAACUUCAGAGCUGGAGCUAAGCAGCUGUUACAGGCAUCCGGUCUCGGUAAACUGAAGCCCAACACUCUGGUACUGGGCUUCAAGACAAACUGGAGGGACGGUGCUCCUGAAAGCAUUGAAGACUAUAUCAGCACCAUUUACGACACGUUUGACGCUAACUACUGUUUGUGCAUCUUGAGGAUGAUGGAUGGACUGGAUAUGUCAGAUGAUGUAGAAUUUGAAGUCAACCAGGGUUUUGAGCCGGAUGAAAGCGUGGAAAAUCAGGACCAGCAAACCAAUGAGGAGGAUACAGCUGAUGACAUGUCUGAUGAAGGCAGCAGUGAUCAGAUCAAGACUGUGUUUCAAAAUGACCAGGGAAAGAAGACCAUUGAUGUCUACUGGAUAGCAGAUGAUGGAGGACUGACUUUACUGGUGCCCUACCUGAUCACCAGGAGGAAACGCUGGCGCAGAUGUAAGGUCAGGGUUUUCAUCGUGGGAGAUGAACAGAACAUGGAGGAGGGUCGCAAUGAGAUGUUGGCUCUGCUGAGGAGGUUUCGCUUGGAUGUGAAUGACGUUAUAGUCAUGACAGACAUUGACAAACGCCCUCAUCCAAAAAGCAUGAGCAGGUUUGUGGACAAUGUCGCCCCCUUCCGGCUGCAUGAUGAACAGCAGGAAGGAGUCUCAGUGCAGGAACUGAGACAAAGUGCUCCAUGGAAGAUAUCUGACAAAGAAUUUGAGGCCUUUAAAUUGAAGUCUGAGAGAAAAGUGAGGCUGAACGAAAUCAUUCGGAAGAAUUCACAACAUACUGCUCUUGUUCUAGUGAGCCUUCCGGUUCCUCAAAGUGACUGCCCCAGUGCUCUGUAUAUGGCCUGGAUGGACACUCUGACGUGUGGCCUUCACUGCCCCGCUGUGCUAAUACGAGGAAACCAACAGAACGUCCUCACGUUCUACUGCCAGUAAAACUUCAUGUUUAGACCGAAAGAGUCUGACUGGAGUAAAGAACUUACAGGGAAGCAAUUGUCUAUGAAUAGUAGAAAAAUUUGAUGUUUGAAUACUAAAAAAACUACAAAAGGGAUAAAAGAGGGUUAUAGCUCCUACUGGAGUCAAAUGAGUUAACUACAAUGUAUGGAUGUAAUGUCUUGUAAAGGUUUUUUUUUUUUGCCGUGGAUCUUCAUCCACAUGGUUCUGCUGACAGUUCAUAGUUACAUUUCUUGGUUAUUAACAAAGUGAAGGGGGAGGGAAAAAAACAAUAUCACCAGUUCUGCCAGAACGUAAGAGAAAAAGUGUUGCACGAAUCAUGAACUCAGAAACACACAGGAACGUUGGGUUCCUUACUUUAUGGGAUCUAGGUCCAGUUGGCCCCAAGUGAAAAGCAUUGCUAAUCAUAGAAAUAGAUGCAUGCACAGUAGAAAUGGUUUGCAUAUUAAUGAAA